AUGAAUGGCUCAAACAACUGGAGCAACACCCCGAGUAGAGAGAAUGAAACAUCUUCCUCCAUAACCACAUACGUUUGCAUAACCAUAGUCUUUUCUGUUGGACUAGUAUUCAAUGUUUUUGCUUUGUGGGUGUUCUGCUACAAAAUGAAAAAAUGGACAGAAACAAGAAUAUUUGUGAUUAACCUGGCUGCCGCGGAUCUCUGCCUCAUCUUCUCCGGGCCUAUUUUACUAUAUUCCAUGAAGGAAAGUAAUCAGCAAGAAGAUAAUGCCUGGUGCAGAACCUCUCAGAGCAUAUAUCUCAUCAACAAGCAAAUGAGUAUAUAUAUCGUCACCUUGAUCGCUGUGGACCGCUACUUUGCCAUCAAAUAUCCCCUAAAAGCCAAAAUAUUUAGGUCGCCUCUCAAGGCUGCUAUCACCUGUGGAGUCUUUUGGAUCCUAGUGAUUGUUUCUGUGAUUCUUCUACUCAUCUCCUCAAAACUUUACAAGAGCAAUUUUUGUUUUGGAAAACGGAGAAUGAGAGAUAUAAGACUAAGAGUAUUUAGCUUGCUAAUAUUUUUUAUCCCACUUUUAAUUCUGACCUUCUGUUCAAUACAAGUCAUUAGCAGCCUAAUCAAGAAAAAGAAAAUGGAGGCACGUGAAGAAACUUUAAUCCAGAAAGCUGUCUAUAUAGUUUCUGCAAAUCUGAUCAUAUUUUUAAUCUGUUUUCUACCACAGCAUAUACUAUUGCUUGUUCAGCUUUGGGACAAACAAAAUGUAUUCCUUGAAAGAAGCAAUCUUGGGAUCUUAUUAACUACAUCUUACCAGUUGGCAUAUAUCAAUUGCUGCCUGGAUGCUGUCGGUUAUUACUUUGUAGCUAAGGAAUUCCAGGAAGCUUCUGGCUUGAUCAGGUUUACUCAAAGAAGGCUGGAGACAGAUAUUAAGUCAUCCUGUACUGUACACAGAACUGUUCAUUUAACUUUAACUGAUUAA